AGGGGCCAGGGAGUAAGCCGUGUCAAACACUUCUCCGAUUCAACGUCCGCCAAUCUCCAAACCAUCGACGAGAAGAGAGAAAAGGGACAGGAAGAUUUGAUUGUUUCAUCGCCAAGAAAAGGUCCUGAAUUGGGGAAAAAGACACUGGGUAGUGGAUUUGUAUUGUAAUGAUGGUGAAUUUGAUGUAACAACUUUCUUUAAUUUCCACAGCGAUUCGUUCAUGAUUGACUGUACUCUCCUUUUUUCCCAAUAAAAUCAAAUGGAUGGAGCGAUACCCAUUAGCAAUAUCAAUCAUCGUCAAUGCUGGUUGUUGAAUUGCCGCUUUCGCUUGCAAUCGACGUCCACGGUUUUAAUCGAUUUUCCCCAACGACCAUGAUCACUUCCUCCCUUAAACCCCAUAUAGGAUCUCAGUUGCAGAUCCACCUUUGCUCCAAUAACAUCGCUAUUUCUCUCUGCUGUUCAAUCUAUCAUCAUGGAUCCUUCCACAUCUCGUCCUGCUGUAGUGAUCGACAACGGUACCGGUUAUACUAAAAUGGGUUUUGCGGGUAACGUGGAGCCAUGUUUCAUUGCUCCAACAGUAGUUGCAGUUAACGAAUCAUUCAUAACUCAGCCCAACCGAAGCUCUAACAAGGGAAGUAGCAGUUGGAUGGCACAACAUAAUGCUGGCGUAAUGGCUGAUCUUGAUUUCUUUAUUGGGGAAGAAGCUGUGUCGAAAUCAAGAACUAGUAGUACUUACAAUCUAACUUACCCGAUCAAGCACGGGCAGGUGGAUAACUGGGAUGCGAUGGAACGGUUUUGGCAGCAGUGUAUAUUUAAUUAUCUACGUUGUGAUCCAGAGGACCAUUACUUCUUAUUGACGGAGAGUCCACUUACUCCACCAGAAAGUCGAGAGUAUACCGGUGAGAUUAUGUUUGAGACAUUCAAUGUUCCAGGGCUUUAUAUUGCAGUGCAGCCGGUACUUGCUCUUGCUGCAGGGUACACGACAUCUAAGUGUGAGAUGACAGGUGUUGUAGUAGAUGUUGGAGAUGGGGCCACUCAUGUCGUACCCGUUGCAGAAGGUUAUGUUAUUGGGAGCAGCAUUAAGUCAAUACCGAUUUCGGGGAAAGAUGUUACUCUCUUCAUCCAACAGCUCAUGCGUGAAAGAGGGGAACACGUUCCCCCUGAAGACUCAUUUGAAGUAGCUCGGAAAGUUAAGGAGACUUAUUGCUACACAUGUGCGGACAUCGUCAAGGAGUACAAUAAGCAUGACAAAGAACCAUCCAAAUACAUUAAACAAUGGAGAGGUAUUAAACCGAAGACAGGGGCACCGUAUGCAUGUGAUGUUGGUUAUGAACGAUUUCUAGGUCCUGAGAUUUUCUUCAAUCCGGAGAUAUACAAUAAAGAAUUCACGACCCCUUUACCUGCUGUAAUAGACAAGUGUAUUCAGUCUGCGCCAAUUGACACACGAAGGGCUCUAUAUAAGAAUAUAGUGUUGUCUGGAGGAUCAACCAUGUUUAAAGACUUCCAACGAAGGCUGCAAAGGGAUACGAAGAAGAUUGUGGAUGCACGUGUUCUUGCGUCUAAUAUGAGAUAUACUAGUACUAGUAGUGAAGUAAAAUCGCACCCAGUUGAAGUCAAUGUAGUCAGCCAUCCUAUCCAAAGAUAUGCCGUAUGGUUUGGAGGCUCAGUACUCGCAUCAACACCAGAAUUUUUCACGGCUUGCCAUACGAAAGCGGAGUACGAGGAAUACGGGGCAAGCAUAUGCCGAACAAAUCCGGUUUUCAAAGGAAUGUAUUGAGUCGGGCUUCGUAUUCGUGUACAUUUUGCAGGUUAGCUUUGUUAAAGAGGAGGUGUACACUAGAUGAUGAUGGAUGUUUUCAUUUCUUGUAAGCAAACAAAAAAUGAAUUUUAUUGUAUUCUUUCAUUAAGAUGCAAAUAGGGUUGGUUUUGUU